AUGGACCAAGAAAUUCAAGAAUCAAACCCACAUGAAAAUAAAGAACCAACCAACCCCACAACAAAGAGUCAAAAAGAUAAACAAGGCGAUAAGUACACAAUUAUGUUGCUGAAAGAAAAAUGGGAGGAAAUUGAAAUACUUUUAAAAAGAAGAAAUACUUUAAAUUUAAUAAAUUUCGUAGUGUCAUCAUUUGUUAUUUUGUUUGGAAUAGCAUUGCUUUAUAUUUUUUGGAAAAAAAAUAUCAGCGAUACGGUUCAUAUCAUAACAUCGAGUGUUCUUGCUAGUAGUGGAGUUUUGGCUCUCUUAAAUAUCCUUGGACAAGAGUGGAAACGAAAUAAGGAUACUGUUACUUCGUUGGUUGGAGUUGCUAAAAAGAUUCCACUUCCAUCUGAUAAAGUAUUCAUGCCUGCGUUGUUACAGAUACCUGAUGAACUCAUAAAUGAAGAGCUAGUUAGCAGGUGCAAAGAUUAUUUAAGGUUUUUAGAUCGUAUCAAAUAUCUUAUUAACGCUGAAAAGAGAAAUGGC